AUGGUUGGACCAUUGACCAAUCAUUUUGAGAUUCAAUGUUUUUUCAAUCAUCUUUCAACAUUUGCUGGUGGUUUGCUUAUUCUUCCUGAACCAAUCAAUUGGAAUUAUGUGUUUGCUAAUGCAGACUUUAUGAAGAAUAAAACCAUUUAUUUGACAAUAAUUCUCAUUACAGUUUUCUAUAUUAUUUUAAUAAUUUAUGCUCGUCGUAGUGAUCAAAAAGAUGUUGAAAAGCUUGCUGUCACUUAUCUUAAUGAUAACAAUCCAAGUUAUAAAUAUUUCUAUCAGAUUAUAUUCUUCACAGGUGCGAGAAUCGAUGCCGGAACAAAUUCGAAAGUUCAAUUCAAUCUAGUGGGUGCCGAUGGUGAAAUUUGUGCUCGAACAUUAUUCGAUCCAAAUCGAAAGAUUCUACAACGUGAUUUUAUUGAUUCAUUUAUCGUUGGUGUACCUUCAUCGCUUGGUAUUCUCCAUUAUAUGCAUCUCUGGCAUGAUAAUUCCGGUCGAAAGGAAUCUGCAUCAUGGUUUUUUAAAAUAUGUCAUUCCAUUGAUCAAGGUGAUGGAGCGAUUGAACGUUGUCUACCGACAGCUGGUGAUGUUCAAAUGCAUAAUAUAAUCUAUAUGUUUACAAAGAAAGCCUAUUAUAGUAUGUCUGAUGAACAUUUAUGGCUUUCGAUCUUUAUUCGACCACCAGCCAGUCAUUUUACUCGUGUUCAACGAUGUACUUGUUGCUUUGUUUUACUUUUUACGGCUAUGCUUCUCGAUAUUCUCUAUUAUGAUCAAGAUCAACAGGCAAAAGAGUCCACAUCUGGUGGUUUUAUUCAGCUUGGUCCAUUACACUUCACACGAGAUCAGCCAAAAUCAAUUGAUGAUGAUGAUGAAGAAGCUGCUGGUUAUAUUGAUAAAGAUGAAAAUAUCUAUUUGAAUGGUUAUGAAUCGAGGUCUGAAGAUGAUACAUUUGAUAUUUCACCACCUAUUCAAGUCAAUCAAUUGACUGAGACUGAAAUAAUCAAUGCACGUAUGAAUCAUCUUCGUGAAAUAGCUAUGUGGAAAUUAAUACGAUAA